AUGAAGAACUUCUCGGGGCUAAUCGAUCAGGCGACUAGAUCCACUCAUGAGUCACUGAUCCAGCAACUGGCUCUUUUUUCUGAGGACCGUUCACGAACACGAACCGAGGACAUAUCCAAACAAGGCGAUUACCCCAUCUUCAUUCGAUUCAUACGAAAUAUCCUCGUUCAUCUAACCGUCUCAAGUCUUCAUCCAGGAGGGACUGUAGACGGUUUCGUGGUACUGCUGAUGGCAUUGAGACUUUCAGGAGAGGGUAUCGACGCCUGGAACCAACAGGCGCACCAAUCAGACGAAAUCAUGCCUAAUAUUCUCUCAUAUAUUCGCGACCACCCACCAGCUAUUGUGUUGAUCGAUACUCAGGCCCCUGAAUUCGAACAUCGUACUCUAUGUGCUGGGCAAGGAUACUCCUGGGGGAGCGUUGAAAAGGGCAAUGACGCAAAAAAUGAGUUUUUCAUUUCUGCCGAGCUUGUAGAGGCUUAUAUAUGUCUCGAGAAAGCCAGGUCUGGUGGCUCAUCCCUCGAUCCCAAAGAUAAAAACGUGCUCGUCUUUCUCCAGAUAGUAAUUCUAGUGACAACUUUGCACGAGCUGGCGCACUGCCUUACUAAAUGGAUGUUCGGGUCGCUUAUCACUCCGAGGCUGUGUUUCGGUGGAAAAAAGGGCGAGGGAGGGGAUGUCAUCGAACGAAUCCUGUUUGAUGGAAUUUUGUGCAUCGAAUGGAAGAGAUCGGAUUUCAACAAUCGCCAACUCCGUAUGAGAACGAUAAAAGAUCUAUACCUGCAAUCAUCGCAAGAGGAACACAACGGUGGAUUUGCCAUCCAUAAGCUGGCAUUAGACGAUCUGGAAAGGACCGUGAAUUCAAUCAAAAGCUAUCGAAUUUAUCAGCCAGCCUACACUCUGGACGAACAUGGACUCUCUGAUUGCGAUAUUGGCUCGGUCGACGCCAGAUGUAUACGACGGCAGGCUUCAAGUCCCGCAUGGUAA